AUGUUCACGUCGAAGGCCCUUCGGCGGCCGCUGGCGGCGCGUUCGGCGCUUCGGACGCGUCGAGUUCGGGCGUCAGGAGGCGCUGCGGCGCUCUGCAGCACUGGCCAAUGGAAUAACGGGACGCUGGCGACGCAGCUGCAAAAGUGGAAGCAGCAGAAGCAGCUCGAGACGACUGAGGGCUCAGUGCAGUACCUGUCGGUGGACCGCUCGGCACUCAAACGGCCGAGUAGCGCGUGGACGAGUCAGUUGGACGGAGAGAUCGAUGGGAAUGCGACAAAGAGUCAGGCGAAUGCACUUGUGCACGUUCUUCGCUCGAUGAUUGAGGUGAAAGGACCGCUCACUGUCGCCGAGUUCAUGACGCGUGCUGUGGGUCAUCCCGACUAUGGCUAUUACAUGAAGAAGGACGUGUUUGGCAGCCAAGGGGACUUUACCACCGCGCCCGAGAUCAGUCAGAUGUUUGGAGAGCUCAUUGCAGUGUGGUGCGUGGCGACGUGGCAGCAAAUGGGGACGCCGAGCCACGUGAAGAUUAUUGAACUGGGGCCGGGACGAGGCUCUCUCAUGAGCGACUUUGUGCGUGCGGCCAAGUCGUUUCCGCCGUUCUACGAUGCGUUAGAGAUUCACAUGGUGGACAUUAGUCCAGCCAUGCAAAAGAUCCAGAGAGAGACGUUGCAGUGCGAGGCAAUUGAGGAUGAUGCAGCCUUGGACAGCACCAUGCGGCUUCCCGAUGAUGGACCGACGGUUCGAUGGCAUGGAGACUUGGCGAGCGUUCCGCAUGGUCCGUGCUUGAUCAUUGCUCAGGAGCUUUUUGACGCGUUGCCGGUGCACCAGUUCGAGUACACUGACCGAGGCUGGUGCGAACGCCUUGUGGACCUCGACUUUGAAGACGGCGAUGACCACUUUCGCUUUGUGUUGUCGCCCGGGCCAACGCCAGCCACGCGAGUGUACAUUGGCCGCGAGAAGCUGUUUGACCCGUCGACUGCUCUAUCGCCCGUGACCGAGACGCACGUUUCCAGCGUGGAAGAUCUCGAGAAGAUGCAGAGCGCUGCAAUUCGGCGCCUCGAUGUGGCAGACGUGGCGGACACUCCUGUGCGCACCGCACAGGCUCAGGUCGGCGACAAGAUCGAGAUUUCUCCAGUCGGCAUCGCGUUGGUACAGGACAUGGCCAAGCGUAUUUCGCGGUCAGGAGGCGGCGCGCUGAUUGUGGAUUACGGGUACGACCACCCGUCCGAGCUGAGUCUGCGUGGCAUCAAGAACCACGAGUUCGUCAGCGUGCUGCGCGAGCCAGGUGACGUCGAUCUGAGCAUCGACGUGGACUUUGCCACUCUGCGGCGGUUCGCGACAGCAGAGUCCGCGGUGCAGAGCUCGGGCCCGGUCGGCCAGGGCGUGUUCUUGAAGAACAUGGGCAUUGAGCAUCGCUUGGCCAUGCUGCUGCAAAACACCGAGUCGGAGAAGGUGCAGCAAGAGCUGUUUUCGUCCUAUGAGCGUCUCGUGAAGCCAGGGCAGAUGGGAAGCGUCUUCAAGGUCAUGGCGCUGACGCACACGGAUGUUGGUCAGCCCGUAGGUUUCGAAGGGGAACCAGCCACGCCAGCAGCACCGUGA